CCGCCCGGCAGCAUGGCCUCCUCCGACCCGCCGGCCGCCCCGGGCCUCCCGGGGCCUGGAGAGUCGGGAGCGGCAGAGGAGGCGCUCGGCGGCGCGGCGGGAAUGAGGCGGCGGCCUCCCCUCUCCGCCGUCUCUGUCUUCGGCCACGUCCCCGCCAGACGGGAUGGGCCUCCGGAGCUCAGCUAUUUCUACCGGGUGGCCAAGACAGGAGAUGUUUCCACUUACGAUUCCAUUUUUAAUAGACCAGAGGGUUACAACAAAAAACUUCACCGAUGUGACAGAGAACAUGCAAAGGGUCGUGGUCUUCACAUUAAUGAGGAGGAAAUGGCAAGACCUGUUGCUGUUUUGUCAUCUUCAGAGUAUGGGAGACACAUAAAUAAGCCCGUAGAGCAGGUGAUCAGAGAACAUGCAAGAAUUAAUCUGCUGGAGGCAGAAUUCUACAGGAAAAAUGGCAUCACCUGGUGAUUGGAAGAACCUUCUCCAAGCCUGGAUCCAUGUUAAAUCUCUUGUACAUGUCAUUGCCAGAAACAUCUAUGUGGAAAAAAAUCCACCUCACAUCAAAAAGCAAUAUGGUGGUUUUGCUUUUUCCUCUACGUUUUAGUUAAUGAGAAUGAUUUGGAUUAAAACUAGGAUGAAAUAGCAGCAACUUUUCCUCAUGCUAAUUCAAAUGCAUGUCUUCUCCUUACAGUCUCAAAAGUCUAAUGAAAAGUAGCAUCCACCAUUCUGUGAUUCUAUGAUUUUAGGCAGCAAUACGGUGGAAGUGAGACCUGUUGGAUCAACAGCUGUCUCUCUGCGAUUUUAGGCAGUGCUUCUGCAUAACUCUUUACCGACUUACAUUUAAGCAAGCUGCUUCUCAAGGUUAUCAGUAGUCACUGACUUCUUAGGUCGUACAGUGUUGCUACAGAAUUGCCAGUUGUCAUUUUACUUGCACAACAGCUGAAACAGGGAUUCAACACAGAUUUUCCAAAAUGGGCGAGUAAAGAAAUGAGCUGACUUAGAGAAGUGCUUAGCAGUUUUGGUAGACCUCAAGUGGAAGUCAAGUUAACAGGAACUUCAGAGUGUUCAGCAUUUAAAUAGACAAAAUCUGGGCUUAACUGAUUUCAGACAUCAAUUUUGCUGGCUUUUGCUAUAUGAAUGCUGUCUGAGGGAUUGAUCCGUUCAAGAGUGUCACAAGAAAAAUCAUCUCUGGUUCUGUAUACAAUGCUGAAAAAAAGAAGAAAAAAGAAGAAAGAAGAAAAAAAGAAGAAAGAAAGAAG